UUACCAUCGCAUGUGGACUGCCACCCGAACGACCCCAGGACCACAAAAUCGAGCUGGGGCCCAGUGCGCAGCCUACGGUACGCACGCAAUGGCGCCUAACUCAGCCGGAGCUACACGAAUUACGAAAAAAGCUGGACUACCUGCUGGCAAAUGGGUUUAUUCGGCCAAGCACGUCCCCGUUCGCAGUACCGAUCAUGUUCACCCCAAAAAGGACGGCGAACUUCGCAUGUGUACGGAUUAUCGAGCUCUUAUUCGGGUAACGAUAAUAUCGCGCUACCCAAUUCCACGCACGGACGAGCUGAUUGACAACCUUUGCAGAGCUCGCUAUUUUUCGAAGAUUGACCUUCGCGGCGGCUACCAUCAAAUUUGGGUGUUCGCUGACGACUGCCACAAGACUGUGUUUCGUACUCGCUACGGGAGUUACAAAUACACGGUGAUGCCGUUUGGAUUAACGAACGCCCCCUCGACGUUCCAACUCACCAUGAACGGGGUGUUCCGCGAUCUACUCGACAAAUGUGUGAUCAUUUAUCUGGACGACAUCCUGAUCCACAGCACAACCCGGGAGCAACAUUUAAAGGACCUGGAAGCGGUUUUUCAGCGGCUGCAGCAGCAUCGUCUCAUCACCAAGGGCUCCAAGUGCGAGUUUUUAAAACAAGAACUAGAGUUCCUGGGGCACGUGAUCUCCAUGGAGGGAAUUCAAAUAGACCCGAAAAAACUCCGAGCUAUUCAGGAGUGGAAACCGCCAACAAAUCUGGGAAUUUUUACGAGGGGGGAGAAGCAGCAAGCUGCGUUCGAGGCAUUAAAAAAUCUUUUAAUGUCGCCACCGGUACUUCGCAUCGCUGACCCAGACCGGCCCUUCGAAGUCCUCACCGACGCAAGUGACAUCGCCAUCGGAGCAGUGCUCAUGCAAGAUUUCGGCAAUGGUCUUCAACCAAUCGCGUACGAGUCUCACAAAAUGCAAUCUGCCGAGCGCAACUACCCGGUACACGACAAGAUUGUCCACGCGUUCAAAAUCUGGAGGUGCUACCUGACUGGAGCAGACGUGAUACUGCGAACUGAUCAUAAAUCUCUACGGUACCUGAGAGCGCAGCCGAAUUUCAACCCGCGGCAGAUACGCUGGUUGGACUAUCUGGAGUCCAACUUCACGUACAAGAUCACGUAUAAAAAGGGCGCCAACAAUAUUGCCGACGCCCUCUCCAGACCAUCUGCCCAACUCGCAGCAAAACUAUUGACACUACCGGCCGGACCCAGCGGAAUCGACGCAGUUCUGGUUGUCGUCGACUGUUUGACGAAAAUGGCGCAUUUCGCAUCGUGUCGUACAACCAUCACAGUCGAAGAAACUGCGCGCCUGUUCAUCUCGACCGUUGUUCGCCUAUACGGGAUACCAGCAGCAAUCAUUUGUGAUCGAGACCAGAAGUUGACGUCGAAAUUCUGGCAAGACCCGUGGGCUCGGUACGGCAUGCGUCUGCAGUUCUCAUCCGCUUUUCACCCCCAAACAGACGGCCAGACUGAAAGGACAAACCAAACGAUGGAGCAGCUGAUUCGGACAAACUGCCCCGACCGAAAAAAAAAUGGGAGGACGUGCUUGCGAUGUUGGAAUUUUCCUACAACAACGCGCAUUCGGCUACGAGUAAUCACUCCCCGUUCUACCUCAAUCACGGGAUGGACCCUACAGUACCAGUCUCCACCAACGCUGAAAGCCAAGUUGGGGUAGGCCGGGCGUGUUUCCGCAAU